AUGGCCUCGCGUGUGUUCUCUUCCGCGGCGUCGGUCGCCCCCGCCGUCCGCCAAUCUGGCACGCGCUCCAUCUCGAGCCAGCUCGUCGCGGCGCCCAACCAGCCCGGGCGUGUCUUCAUCGGUCAGGGCCCAGGAGGACGGCACUCGACCACCGGCCACACGGUGACCGUCUUCGGCGCGACCUCCUUCCUCGGCCGCUACCUCGUCUCGAAGCUGGCCAAGGCGGGCACCCAGGUCGUCGUGCCGUACCGGGACGCCGACGAGGCGCGGCACCUCAAGGUCUGCGGCGACCUCGGCCAGGUGGUCCCGAUGGAGUGGGACCUCAACAACGACACCCAGAUCGAGGAGUGCCUCCGCCACUCGGACACGGUCUACAACCUCGUCGGCCGCGACUACAAGACCAAGAACUUUGACUUCAACGACGUCCACGUCUCGGGCGCGCGCCGCAUCGCCCGCAUCGCCAACAACUCGGGCGUGUCGCGCCUGAUCCACGUCUCGCACCUCAACGCCGACCCCAACUCGGCCUCGGCCUUUUACCGCAGCAAGCACGAGGGCGAGGAGGCCGUCAAGGGCGCGUUCGCCGACGCCACCAUCGUCCGCCCCGGGUGGAUGUACGGCCCGGAAGACCGCCUCCUCAACACGCUCGCCGUCUCGCCCUCGGUCUUCCGCGUCAACCACGGCCAGACCAAGAUCGCGCCCGUGCACGUCCUCGACGUCGCAGCGGCCCUCAACACGAUGUACACGGCCCCGUCGUCGCUCGCGUCGACGUACGCCCUCCCCGGCCCGCGCACCUACACGUUCGAGCAGCUCCUGCACAUGGUCGAGGCCCUCACGCUCAAGAAGCUCCGCGGCCCCAACUUUCCCCGCCCGCUCCUCGCCGCCCUCGCGCGCGCGUGGGACCUCGUGUGGUGGCCCACCUUGUCGCCCGACGAGGUCACGCGCCGGUACAUCGACGACCUCCCCGUCGCGCCCGGCACCAAGGGCUUCGCCGACCUCGGCAUCGAGCCCGACGUCCUCGACGACAUUGCGAUCAACUACGUCCGGCGGUACCGCGGCUCAGCGUACUACGACCUGCCCAUCCAGCAGGGCGGGUUCAAGCUCCGCAAGCAGGCGUACAAGGCGGUCCCCUGAACGUAGACCUCGUCCCCCUUCCUCUUUCCUCCUCGUCCCUCGCCCCUUGAUAGUCGGGGGUGCCGCGCCGUCGCAAUGUACACGCCUUCGUUCCGUUCGCU